CUAACCAGGUCAAAAAGGAAAGAAAAUAAAUAUAGGAAAAAAAAGACAGGGUAGGUUGUCUCGGCUGUGUUUGACCGAGAUUGAUGAUGGCCACGCUCUCCUCCUCCUCUUCCUCUCAUGGCUUCCUCCGCCUCCACCACCAUCCGCCUCUCCGUCUCCUCGCCGCCGCAACCACCUAUUCGACUCUUCCUGCGCGCCUCCGCCUCGCCGCCCCUACCCCGAGGAGGCCCCCUUCCUCCAUCUCUUCCUCGCCCGACCCACCACCCGACAUCGCCCACGACGACGACGGUGAGCAGGACGGCCACAAGGAGGACCGGGACGACCGCUACGGCUUCCAGAUCCAGGUCCGCAAGCUGCCCAAGCGCAACCGCCGCCUCGUCCGCGCGCGGGUCAGCGUCCACGCGCCGCUCGAGGCCGUCUGGGCCACGCUCACCGACUACGAGGGCCUCGCCGACUUCAUCCCCGGCCUCUCCGAGUGCCGCCUCCUCGACCAGGGCCCCAGCUUCGCCCGCCUCUACCAGGUAGGCGAGCAGGAUCUGGCGCUGGGGUUCAAGUUCAACGCCAAGGGCACCAUCGACUGCUACGAGGGCGAAAUGCAGCUGCUGCCCCCCGGCGCAAGGAGGAGGGAGAUCACCUUCAAGAUGAUCGACGGAGACUUCAAGGUCUUCGAGGGCAAAUGGUCUGUCGAGGAGGAGGUUGAUGGUGGAGAAAUAUCAGAUGACCAGGAAUUUCAGACUACACUUUCUUAUUUGGUGGAGCUGGAGCCUAAGCUGUGGGUUCCAGUGAGGCUACUGGAAGGGAGGAUUUGUAACGAGAUCAAGACCAACCUCGUUUCGAUUAGAGAAGAAGCUCAGAGGAUCCAGAGAUUGUAAUAUGAGUGAUCGGCUGUCUCUGAAGGCUUUGUCACAAUAUUGCAUAUUCUUGAUUGUAAAGAUACACUUGUUAAGAAAGGAGGUGCGGAGCGAAAGAAAAGAUGGAGAAAUGUGACACGUUUCAUGAUGUUAGUGGAACACCAAACUAUGAAUUUGCUCACUGGCCAUGACUUGUCACAAUUGGAUUAGUUGAUCUUUCUCAAGAGAAGAAAGGACAAACGAAUUAAUUGGAGUUUGGACAGCUUGGACGUGCCUAUCUGACAAAUGGAAGGGUCGAAAUGUCAUGUUGUAUAUUAGGAUUAUUGGUUUUUGCCACUUAAUUGAAGAGUGAUUAACAAUACACGAUUAAUUACAAGAUGAUGACAUUGCAAUUUUGCCUGUAAUCCGUGGUGGCACACUUGCUCUGUUAGCCAGCCUGAUGUACUUUGUACAGAGUUCAUGCAAGAUUUUUCACUUGCUUCUUGUAUUUAAACAGACUGGAUUCCAUGUGCUAAAGUUUUUUCUACUUUCGAGUCUUG